UGGGAGGUGAAACUCAGAGUGAUGGUUACUACAUGUUGUUAUAAAUAAAAAAGUUAGACACAUGGUAGAAGGAAAAAUAAGCAUAUAUUUAACAGCAGAAAAUCCUGAUUCCGUUGAUCGCAGCAGAGCAACUUCACCACCGGGAGCGCAACAACCAGGUGGGUGCCAAUAUAAUAAACAACUGCCAGCGUGGAUCUAUCUAUCACAUCAUCCCAGCCCAUCUUUUCUUCUGCUAUUUCCAAUCAAAACCCGUUUCAGAGAGAGUCGAGCAGACAGGCCAAUUCGGAUUUGAGUUUCGAAUCUCAAAACUCUUGCUUGCUUCUCAGACCAUCAUCGCCAUUGUUGAAGAUCCACCUCCCAGAGUGCGCACUUCAAAAUUUCCAAUCUCAGGUGGUCUGAGAUGGAUGCAUCGAUGAAUGCAAAUGCUGGGAUUGGUGGGAGUGGUGGCAAUGGGAUAUUGGUCCCUCAAACCAAUGAUACAGCAGGAACAACAGGGGUGGAUGAUCCAAAGCAAGACCUGAACCAGGUCAUUAACUCUAUUCAGAAGACUUUAGGGCUCAUUCACCAGCUCUACCUCACUGUCUCUUCGUUCAAUGCCGGCUCUCAGCUCCCCCUCCUCCAGCGCCUAAAUGCUCUUGUUAUGGAGCUUGACAAUAUGGCUAAGUUGUCUGACAAAUGCAAUAUCCAGGUUCCUAUGGAGGUUUUUAAUUUGAUUGACGAUGGAAAGAAUCCUGAUGAAUUUACAAGGGAUGUCAUAAACAGCUGUAUCGCCAAAAAUCAGAUCACUAAAGGCAAAACUGAUACCUUCAAGAGUUUGCGCAAACAUCUUCUCGACGAACUUGAACAGGCAUUUCCUGAUGAAGUUGAAUCAUAUAGAGAAAUACGUGCUGCUUCAGCUGCUGCUGUAAACUCUUCUCAUUUGAUACAGGAAAUGAAACGACUUGCACAAGCACAAAGCACAUUGCCAAAUGGAGAUGUGAAGGUCAAACCCGAGUUUUAAGUGUCUGAUUUAUUUUGUAUCAGGUUCUUAGAAUGGCUUACCAUAUUUAUAGUCUGAAGUAUAUUGAAACCUAAUGACUUUGAUCACAUAUUCAUAGUUUCGGUGUUUAAUGUGUAUGCACAGCUUCUGUAUUCUGGAAAUUGUCAAUUUACUGGGACUUACUGUGCCCUCGAAAUUGUAUUA